AUGUACCACUCCUCGACUUGGCUACCCUCGUGUUCCAGGCUCGGACGGCUGGGGCGAGCUUGGGCGUCAUCUUCCUCAUCGUCAUCUUCUGGCAGCAGUCCAAGCUUCUCCGAAGAAAGGGAAAGAGAGGUGGACGACGAGGGUGAAGAAGAUGACAGUGGCUGGUUUGGAGAACGCGGGCAGCAGCGCGAGAAGCCCCAGGCGCCGGCAGCCAAGCCACGCUCCCUGUUCGAGAAGACGCGACAAGUAGCGGAGAGCGAGCUCGAAGAGAAGUUCAUCAAGGGCGGCGGUCCGGGUGGCCAGAAGAUCAACAAGACCAACAGCUGCGUCUACCUGAAGCAUUUGCCGACGGGUCUCGAGGUCAAGUGCCAGGAGCAGCGCGAGCGUGGGCGCAACCGCGUCAUCGCCCGUCGCAUUCUACACGAGAAGCUGAUGCAGCUCUACUUCCCGGAAGACAGCAAGACGUUCAAGCGACAGGAAAAGAUACGCCGGCGCAAGCAGCGCAUGGGGCGACGCUACGGCCGCAACGAGACACUACUGCCCGUCUCGACAACAACAACCGACAGCGACGAUGGCGACGACGUCGCAUACGAGCCUUCUACUGAUGGCCCGCGCCAGACCACCACCAGCGCCGCCGCUGCCGAUAUAGCGCAGAGUUCUUCGGCGGGCCAAGAUGGAGCUGGAGAGGUGGUCGUCGAGAAGAAGACGAAGCGGCGAAGGACGGUGGAUCCGGCGAGCUUGCCCGACUUUGUAUGGAAGCAGCUGGGCAUCAGGCGCAGCAGCGUAGUCGAGUGCACCGAGUUCGACCCGGAAGACUUCAGCACAGACGGCGAAGAGGAGGAAGAGGACGAAGACGAAGACGAAGACGAAGAUGAAGACGGGGAUGAGGCUGGCGACAACGCACAGCCGCGGCCAGCGGAGAAGCCAAUGACCGACUUUGUGUUGGAGCAGCUGGGCAUCAAGCCGGACCAGGGCAAAAAAUAA